AGUUGCUUUGGGCAGCUGGUCUUCGGAGGGAACUCUGAUGAGGAAAGAUGAAGGAGUUUGCUGGCUGUGUCAGUGAGGAGCCUUUGGGGUCUGUUUCUGUGUUACCAGUCCUUAAAUAUACCCCCUGCAGCGAGAAGCACCACACCUGUGGCCACUUUAUGUUUUGACCACUGCAACACAUGGAUGCCAAACUCUUGAGUAUUUAUAUCCUCCCUUCAUCGUCAUCUUGAUCAGAGGUCAACUUGCAGCAUUGUAAGGAUUAUGACAAGAUAAUACAUGUGAAAUGUUUUUCACUGGCCAACACCAAUCUAGAUGGUUUUUAAAAGGGAUUUGCCGAAUUAAUGGAGGAUAAGGCUAGCAACUACUACUAGCCUGGAUGGUGGUAUAUUUCCAACAGGAUCAGAAGGGGCAUGCCCAUGAACACCAGGUUGAGAAAUAAAGGAGAAAGGAAAAAAGAUUCUAAAACAGACAUUGUCUGCCUUUGCACAUAAUGGAAAACCGUGGGUCCCGAUCUGGAGGCUGGGAGACUGUAAGGGGGCAGGAACUGGCUGCGCGGGAGUCCUCCUUUGCAUGAAAGAAAGUCGCAGCAGCCUUUUGUGAAGAGGAGAGGGAGGAGUUUCCUACCUUCAACUCUGGCUUCACACAGCGGCAGGACUCGGACGACACGGUGCCACUUCUGGACCUGAGGUUAUGGUAGCAAAACCAAGAGAUCUGAAAGGAUUGUUCCAUCAUCCAGACCUCACACUCUGGGACAGCACUUCCUCUUGCGGUACACCUUUCAGAGUUGAGGGGAAAUGCUUAAGAGAUUCCUUGGGCCUGUAACUUGAGCGUAGAACAUUGCUGCAGGUAUCAUGAGUUCAGACAGUCUGCUGGAUCCCAUCCAUAAUGCAAGUUAAAAAUAACUGCUCCGGAUGUUACAGCAAGCAACACUGUGAUGUUCCAGUGUAUCAUCCCUGCUACCCUGUCAUACCUUUGUUUGUGGUCAGUCUGUGCGAUCUUUUUACUAUAGCUGAUUAGGUGGUCCAAUGUUUAAUCUGCUUCUUUACAAAGAUGUAGGCAAAUUCACCCUCUGAAGCACCAAGACAAACUACCAUUUCCCCCUUUUCAAUCAAUGAGCAUCAGGAUCUGAAGUUCCAAUUAAAACUGUGUUUGGACCAUUGCUUUAUUGCCUGGCAGUGCUUAAUCUUUCCUGAAAGCAUCAUCAUUUAUCUGAAACAAAAGAAGAACAAGGACGGUUUCCUUAAGGAGUCUCUGCACUUUGUUUUCAUGACUCUGGGCCUGCUUAAUCAGAGAUGGAACAGAUGGACUGUAAACCCUACCAGCCGCUGUCGAAAGUCAAGCAUGAAAUGGAUCUAGCUUACACAAGCUCUUCAGAUGAAAGUGAAGAUGGGAGAAAGGCAAGACAAUCUUAUGAGUCCAGAGAAACUCUCAGCGAAUAUGGCCAAGAACUCAGACUGAAUUAUAACAGCCACAGCAGAAAAAGAAAAGCUGUUGAUGAACCCACUCAAGAGAUGGAGUUCUGUGAUUCUCCACACAUCUUGUGUUCUGGCUACCAGACGGACCUGCAUGCUGUUUCCCAGCAUGGCUACCCAAUAGAGAUGGGUUCAGAUGUGGAUACAGAGACGGAAGGCGGUGCCUCCCCAGACCAGGCCCUGCGGAUGUGGAUGACAGGGAUGAAAUCUGAACACAGUUCUUGUUUAUCAAGCCGGGCGAACUCAGCGUUGUCCCUCACCGACACUGACCAUGAAAGGAAGUCUGAUGGAGAGAAUGAAAUGCCGGGCAGCCCACGCAACCAGUUCACCUUCCGACCGCUCCCGCCACCGCCUCCACCACCUCACGCGUGCACCUGCAGCAGGAAGCCGCUCUCGACAGCCGACUCUCUCCAGGGAAGAUCGAUGACCACCCGCAGCCAGCCUAGCCCAGCUGCUCCACCCCCACCGACUAGCACACAAGAUGCGGUGCACCUCCAUAACAGCUGGGUCCUGAACAGUAAUAUACCGCUAGAGACCAGAAGUCAGUGGGGGAUUUGCUGGCCCUCGGCUGUGGAAUUGCCUUCCACCAGAAAUCAGGAGGACCAUGUAUCUUCCCUCGUGCCAAGCGAAAUGCACUUCCUCUUUAAACAUGGGUCUGGUUCUUCAGCUAUCUUCAGUGCAGCCAGUCAGAACUAUCCUUUAACUUCCAAUACUGUUUACUCGCCACCUCCUAGGCCUCUUCCUAGAAGUACUUUUUCUAGACCGGCUUUCUCUUUUAACAAACCUUACAGAUGUUGCAACUGGAAAUGCACUGCCUUGAGUGCCACGGCAAUCACGGUCACGCUGGCGUUGUUACUUGCGUAUGUUAUUGCAGUACAUUUGUUUGGCCUAACCUGGCAACUUCAGCCUGUUGAAGGGCAGCUGUAUGAAAAUGGAGUCAGUAAGGGGAGCAAAGGCACAGAGUCCAUGGAUACGACUUACUCACCAAUUGGAGGGAAAGUUUCAGACAAAACAGAAAGGAAAGAAAUAGUGUUUCAAAAAGGACAGGCGAUAAACACGGGGGAAGUUGAAAUCGGAGACCAAGUCAUGCAGACGAUCCCUCCAGGCCUCUUCUGGCGUUUCCAGAUUAUGAUCCAUCACCCGAUGUACCUGAAAUUUAACAUCUCGCUGGCAAAGGACUCUCUGCUAGGAAUUUAUGGGAGACGCAACAGUCCCCCCACACAUACACAGUUUGACUUCGUGAAAUUGAUGGAUGGGAAGCAGUUAAUUAAGCAGGAACCCAGACAUUCUGAGGAAUCUCAGCACGCUCCCAGGAAUCUGAUCUUAACAUCAAUGCAAGAAACAGGUUUCAUAGAAUAUAUGGAUCAAGGUGCUUGGCACAUGGCAUUUUAUAACGAUGGCAAGAAAAUCGAGCAAGUGCUUAUGUUAACAACAGCAAUUGAAGUUAUGGAUGACUGCUCCACUAACUGCAAUGGGAAUGGAGAAUGCAUCUCUGGCCACUGCCACUGUUUCCCAGGAUUCCUUGGCCCGGAUUGUGCACGAGAUUCCUGCCCGGUGCUCUGCAGUGGAAAUGGGGAAUAUGAGAAGGGCCAUUGUGUGUGUCGGAAUGGAUGGAAAGGACCUGAGUGUGAUGUUCCAGAAGAGCAGUGCAUUGACCCCACUUGUUUCGGCCAUGGCACUUGCAUCAUGGGAAUCUGCAUCUGUGUCCCCGGAUACAAAGGAGAGAUCUGUGAGGAAGCGGACUGUUUAGAUCCUAUGUGUUCUGGACAUGGAGUUUGUGUUCAAGGGGAGUGCCAUUGCUCUAUGGGAUGGGGAGGAGUCAACUGUGAGACCUCCCUUCCUGUCUGCCAAGAACAAUGCUCAGGGCAUGGCACCUUUCUGCUGGACACUGGAGUGUGUAACUGUGACCCCAAGUGGACAGGUUCUGACUGCUCAACAGAGCUCUGUACUCUAGAAUGUGGGAGCCACGGUGUGUGUUCAAGAGGAAUAUGCCAAUGCGAAGAAGGCUGGGUCGGCCCAACGUGUGAGGAGCGUACAUGUAAUUCUCACUGCACUGAACAUGGCCAGUGCAAGGACGGCAAGUGUGAAUGCAGCCCUGGAUGGGAAGGGGACCACUGCACCAUUGGUAAGAUCGACGGCUGCCCAGGUCUCUGCUAUGGAAAUGGAAGAUGCACCCUUGACCAGAAUGGAUGGCACUGUGUCUGCCAGGUGGGCUGGAGUGGAUUGGGAUGCAACGUUGUCAUGGAAAUGGUGUGUGGCGAUAACAUGGAUAAUGAUGCAGAUGGCUUGACAGACUGUGUCGAUCCUGAUUGCUGUCAGCAAAGCAAUUGCUACUCCAGCCCUCUCUGCCAAGGUUCGCCUGACCCCCUUGACCUCAUUCAGCAGAGCCAGCCUCCUUUCUCACAGCAUCCUCCAAGACUCUUUUAUGACCGAAUCAAAUUUCUCUUUGGCAAGGAAAGCACUCAUGUAAUCCGAGGAGAUGUCUCAUUUGAGAGCAGACGUGCUUGUGUUGUCCGGGGGCAGGUGGUAGCGGUAGAUGGGACCCCCCUGGUUGGGGUGAAUGUGAGUUUCCAGCACCACAGUGAAUAUGGAUACACCAUUAGCCGACAGGAUGGAAGUUUUGACCUAGUGGCCAUUGGAGGCAUCUCAGUCACCCUGGUCUUUGACAGGUCUCCUUUUCUUUCUGUGAAAAGGACACUUUGGUUGUCCUGGAAUAGGUUUAUUGUGGUAGACAAAGUAGUCAUGCAAAGAACAGAAGUGGAGCAACUAUCUUGUGACAUCAGUAGCUUCAUCAGUCCAAAUCCAAUUGUACUUCCUUUUCCCUUGACAUCGUUUGGAGGAUCCUGUCCUGAAAGAGGAACAAUAAUCCCAGAGUUACAGGUGGUCCAGGAGGAAAUCCCCAUUCCUGCUAGCUUUGUGAAGCUCAGUUACUUGAGCAGCCGAACUCCAGGAUACAAAACCUUGCUGCGCGUUAUUCUGACACAUUCUGCCAUCCCGCCUGGCAUGACAAAAGUGCAUCUUACUGUGACUGUCGAAGGGCGGCUAGCUCAGAAAUGGUUUCCUGCUGCCACCAACCUGGUCUUCACAUUUGCUUGGAACAAGACAGAUAUUUACGGCCAGAAAGUCUCCGGCUUGGCAGAAGCAAUGGUGUCAGUAGGCUAUGAAUAUGAAAAUUGUCCUGACUUGAUUCUGUGGGAGAAAAGGACAAUAAUACUGCAAGGAUUUGAGCUGGAUGCUUCGAAUCUAGGAGGCUGGUCCUUAGACAAACACCACAUUUUGAAUACACAGAGUGGUAUCGUACAUAAAGGAAAUGGUGAAAACAUAUUUAUCUCCCAGCAACCACCAGUCAUCUCGACUGUCAUGGGCAAUGGGCACCAGCGAAGUGUGUCCUGCGCCAACUGCAAUGGCCCAGCUCACAGCAGUAAACUCUUUGCACCCGUUGCCAUGGCUUCCGGCACUGACGGCAGUAUCUAUAUUGGAGACUUCAAUUUUGUUCGAAGACUUCUUCCUUCCGGAAACUCCAUUAGCAUCCUAGAACUGAGGAACAGAGACACAAGACACAGCACAAGCCCAGCUCACAAGUACUACCUGGCUGUAGACCCAGUAUCCGAAUCCCUUUACUUGUCUGAUACAAAUACCAGAAGAGUUUACAAGGUGAAAUAUCUCAGUGAAACGAAGGACUUGGCCAAAAACUAUGAGGUGGUUGCAGGAACGGGUGAUCAGUGCCUUCCAUUUGACCAAAGUCACUGUGGAGAUGGAGGGCGGGCAUCAGAAGCAUCACUACACAGUCCUCGAGGCAUCACUGUAGAUAAGCACGGCUUCAUUUACUUUGUUGACGGCACCAUGAUCCGGAAGAUUGAUGGGAACGGUGCGAUCACAACAUUAAUAGGCUCAAAUGGUCUCACGUCAACCCAGCCACUGAGCUGUGAUGCCGGCAUGGACAUCACUCAGGUCCGCUUAGAGUGGCCCACAGACCUUGCUGUCAACCCUAUUGACAAUUCAUUGUAUGUUCUGGACAAUAACAUUGUGCUGCAGAUUUCUGAAAACAGAAGAGUUCGGAUUAUUGCAGGCCGCCCGAUUCACUGCCAAGUACCGGGCAUCGAUCACGUUUUGGUCAGCAAAGUGGCGAUCCACUCCACGCUGGAGUCUGCUAGGGCCAUCAGCGUUUCUCACAGCGGCGUGCUGUACAUUGCAGAGACUGACGAAAGGAAGAUCAACCGCAUCCAGCAGGUCACGACCAAUGGGGAGAUCUCAGUCAUUGCUGGAGCACCGACAGAUUGUGACUGUAAGAUUGAUCCCAACUGUGACUGCUUCUCAGGUGAUGGUGGUUAUGCCAAAGACGCAAAGCUGAAGGCUCCCUCUUCCCUGGCCGUAUCUCCUGACAGCACCUUGUACAUUGCUGACCUUGGCAACAUCCGCAUCCGUGCUGUCAGUCGGAAUAAGGCUCAUCUCAAUGACAUGAAUAUUUAUGAGAUUGCAUCCCCAGCAGACCAGGAACUGUAUCAGUUCACCAGCAAUGGGACUCACCUGCAUACACUCAAUCUCAUUACGAGGGACUACAUGUACAAUUUCACGUACAAUGGGGAAGGCGAACUUGGCACCGUUACCAACAGCAAUGGGAAUUCAGUCCAUAUCCGCCGAGAUGCCAGUGGCCUGCCCCUGUGGCUAGUGAUGCCUGGAGGCCAGGUCUACUGGCUGACCAUCAGCAGCAAUGGUAUUCUCAAGAGAGUCUACGCCCAAGGCUACAACUUAGCCCUCAUGACGUAUCCUGGCACCACGGGCCUUCUGGCAACCAAAAGCAAUGAGUAUGGAUGGACCACGGUGUAUGAGUAUGACUCUGAUGGUCACUUAACCAACGCAACUUUCCCGACUGGUGAGGUUAGCAGUUUCCACAGCGACAUUGAAAAACUGAUACGAGUUGAGCUCGACACGUCAAAUAGGGAAAAUGUGGUCACAGCCACAAACUUUUCUGCGACCUCGACUAUUUACACUUUAAAACAAGACAACACUCAGAAUAUCUAUCGGGUCAGCCCAGAUGGGUCGCUGAGAGUCACCUUUGCCAGUGGAAUGGAGAUCACGCUGAACACCGAGCCACACGUCCUGGCAGGAGCUGUCAACCCCACUUUGGGAAAAUGCAACAUCUCUCUUCCCGGGGAGCAUAACUCCAAUCUUAUUGAAUGGAGGCAGAGGAAGGAACAGAACAAAGGAAACAUCUCUGCGUUUGAGAGGCGGUUACGGGCCCAUAAUAGAAACCUGCUAUCAAUUGACUUCGACCACAUAACCAGAACAGGGAAAAUCUAUGACGACCAUCGCAAGUUCACUCUUCGGAUCCUCUACGACCAGGCAGGCCGUCCGAUUCUUUGGUCCCCCAUCAGCAAAUACAAUGAGGUCAACAUCACUUACUCCCAUUCUGGGUUAGUGACCUACAUUCAGAGGGGGACGUGGAUGGAGAAGAUGGAGUAUGACCCAGGCGGGAAGAUCAUUUCCAGAACAUGGGCGGACGGUAAAAUAUGGAGUUACACGUACUUAGAAAAGUCUGUGAUGCUUCUCCUGCACAGCCAACGCCGCUACAUCUUUGAGUACGACCAGUCUGACUACCUGCUCUCUGUUACUAUGCCCAGCAUGGUGCGCCACACUUUCCAGACGAUGCUCUCUGUCGGGUACUAUCGUAACCUCUACUCCCCGCCGGACAGCAGUGCCUCCUUCAUCCAAGAUUUCACCCGAGAUGGGCGGCUUCUGCAGACUCUCUACCCAGGGACAGGGCGCAGGGUUCUGUACAAGUACACCAAACAGUCCCGGCUUUCAGAGAUUCUUUAUGAUACCACACAGGUCUCCUUAACGUAUGAAGAAUCGUCUGGAGUUAUUAAAACAAUACACCUCUUGCAAGAUGCUUUCAUCUGCACCAUCAGAUAUAGGCAAACGGGUCCACUUAUUGGUCGUCAGAUAUUCCGAUUCAGCGAAGAAGGUCUUGUGAAUGCCAGAUUUGACUACAGCUACAACAACUUCCGCGUAACCAGCAUGCAGGCCAUGAUCAACGAAACCCCUCUCCCUAUAGAUCUGUAUCGCUACGUCGACGUAUCUGGGAAAACAGAGCAAUUUGGGAAGUUCAGCGUAAUCAAUUAUGACUUGAACCAAGUCAUAACGACCACUGUGAUGAAGCAUACCAAAAUUUUCAGUGCCAAUGGCCAGGUGAUUGAAGUGCAAUAUGAGAUUCUGAAAGCCAUAGCCUACUGGAUGACCAUUCAGUAUGACAACAUGGGUCGGAUGGUGAUCUGCGAUAUCCGAGUCGGCGUAGAUGCCAACAUAACAAGAUAUUUCUAUGAAUACGAUGCUGAUGGUCAACUUCAGACUGUCUCUGUGAAUGAUAAAACCCAGUGGCGUUAUAGCUACGACCUCAACGGAAAUAUCAAUUUACUAAGCCAUGGAAAUAGCGCACGGCUUACUCCUUUGAGGUAUGACCUUAGAGAUCGGAUCACACGCCUAGGGGACAUUCAGUACAAAAUGGAUGAAGAUGGCUUCCUCAAACAAAGAGGAAAUGAUGUGUUUGAGUACAACUCCAACGGUUUCCUGCACAGAGCUUACAACCGGAUUUCUGGGUGGACAAUCCAGUACUGUUAUGAUGGGCUAGGUCGACGGGUUGCCAGCAAAUCAAGUUUAGGACAGCACCUGCAGUUCUUUUAUGCAGAUCUCUCCAAUCCAGUCCGAGUCACUCACUUAUACAAUCAUAGCAGUUCAGAAAUAACCUCCCUGUAUUAUGACCUUCAGGGUCACUUGAUCGCUAUGGAACUAAGCAGUGGAGAUGAGUAUUAUGUUGCAUGCGACAACACUGGAACACCUUUAGCCGUCUUCAGCAGCCGAGGUCAAGUGAUAAAAGAGAUUCUGUACACGCCUUAUGGGGAGAUCUAUCAGGACACAAAUCCAGAUUUCGAAGUGGUUAUUGGUUUUCAUGGUGGGCUGUAUGAUCCGCUGACUAAACUGGUGCACCUGGGGCAAAGAGAUUAUGAUGUCAUUGCCGGGCGCUGGACGACGCCUAACCAUCACAUCUGGGAACAACUGAAGACUAUCCCCAAACCGUUUAAUCUGUAUGCAUUUGAAAAUAACUAUCCCGCCGGCCGGAUCCAAGAUGUGGCUAAAUUCACAACAGAUAUUGGAAGCUGGCUCGAGCUGUUUGGUUUCCAGCUUCACAAUGUCCUUCCCGGAUUCCCAAAGCCUGAGAUGGAUGUUCUGGAGACAACAUAUGAGCUUAUGCAGCUUCAAACGAAGACUCAAGAGUGGGACCCUGGAAAGACUAUACUUGGCAUUCAGUGUGAACUACAAAAGCAGCUCAGAAACUUCAUUUCCUUGGACCAGCUUCCCAUGACUCCCAAAUACAGUGAUGGCAGAUGCGUGGAGAGAGAGACACAGCCCAGGUUUGCUGCAGUGCCAUCUGUUUUUGGGAAAGGCAUCAAAUUUGCCAUCAAGGAUGGCUUGGUGACCGCCGACGUCAUUGGGGUCGCCAACGAAGACAGCCGACGCAUUGCUGCCAUCCUCAACAACGCUCACUAUUUGGAGGACCUCCAUUUCACAAUAGAUGGGCGGGACACACACUACUUCAUCAAACUUGGGUCUUUGGAAGAAGACCUUGCACUAAUCGGCAGCACUGGAGGACGCCGUAUUUUGGAGAACGGAGUCAACGUCACUGUGUCCCAGAUGACUUCUGUCAUCAACGGGAGGACUAGACGGUUCGCCGACAUACAGCUCCAACACGGUUCUUUGUGCUUUAACGUUCGGUACGGAACUACCGUAGAAGAAGAAAAGAACCAUGUUUUGGAAGUAGCCAGGCAGAGAGCAGUAGCUCAAGCCUGGACUAGGGAACAAAGACGGCUUCAGGAAGGCGAAGAAGGUAUCAGAGCCUGGACAGAGGGGGAGAAACAGCAGCUUUUAAGCACAGGGAAAGUGCAAGGCUAUGAUGGCUACUUUGUCUUAUCAGUGGAGCAGUAUCUUGAACUUUCUGACAGUGCCAACAAUAUUCACUUUAUGAGACAGAGUGAAAUAGGCAGGAGGUAACAAAAAUAUAUAUAAUCUCUGCCUUUGCAUCACCAAAGACUGCCUGUUUUUAAAACAUUAAGUAAAGGUUUAUUGUAUUGGUUUUUCUAGAUCAGAACUCUGUAUAUAUAAAUAUAGAGGGGGGGAACAUAUCCAACUGCCUUUAAAUGUGACAGAAGAUGGUAUUUUAAUAUAGUUUGUUUAAACUCUUUGGAAGAUGGCGGUGAUUUUUAGUUCUAGUGUGGCUGUAUUCAAUAUUCGGAUGCAGCGUUCUAAAUGUUGAACUUCAUUUGAAAACAGUUCACUUGGGCAAAUAUUCAGUGUGCUCUCUCUUUCCUUCUUCAGGGCAUACUUUGUUGAAUUUAAUAAUGUGCAUACAACAUUUUGGUGGUUAAGAUAUAACACCCUUUGUUUCUUGAUCUGACUCACGACAUCACCAAGUAGUCUUCAUUCGCUGUCUUUUUUACAAUGCCUUUAGGCAUUUUUACAGGGGCAAAGCACACCCACAAAUACUUUUCCCCACCCUCUGUUCCAGUAAGAAAUAUACCACCCCUCUAGAGUUCAUGUCUGCUAGUUUGGGAGUCGUCAUUAGGGUUGCCAACAUUUCAUUGCCAGAAUGAGGGAUGCAAAUUGGGGGUGGGGCUGGGAGGUGUAUGCAGUGGUAAUCAAGAGCCUGAGUAUCAUUGAUAUAUAUGUAAUUGAAUUAUAUGCUAUUGAAUAAAUAAAGGACAAAUGAGGAACAAAUGCUGUCCCUAUAGGGACCAACAUUUCAUCUCUGAAACGAGGGACAUCCUGCGUAAUGAGGGACAGUUGGCAACCCUACCUGUCAUGUCACCUCACUAUUAAUACGUUGCAAUUUUUCAUUUUCGUUCUUGCCUCAUGACAGGAGUUUUCAAACUUGGGUCCCCAGGUGAUGCUGGACUCCAGCUCCAUCAUCCACAGCCACAAUUGGCCGCAAUUUGGAUGGUGGGUGCUGUAGUCCAAUAACAUCUUGGAACUCAAAUAAAAGUGGAGAGUCGAGACUGGAAGGAUUGCUGAUCAUUAUGUUCACAAAUACCGCAAAAGUGAAGGAUGCCCCCAUCGCUUGUCGGUUCAGAGUAUAUGGCUAGGAACAUCACUGCGUAGUUACUCCUGUUGUAAAUUUGCUGGUGCUGAAGUUCUUGUAACAGCUACCAUGUGGUUUAUUAGAACACCCGCAGACAGACAAGAGGAAGGUGUGGUUUUAAUUCUCCCUUAGGGCAAAACUGUUUGGCCCUUGCAGUGGUCCAUGAAAGCCUUCUCACAACACAGGCAAAAAGUUUUCAUCACUGAGAAUAAUAACAUAUAGCUUUUGCAUAGCACUUUUUUGCAUAUUUAAAGCGCUUUAAAUCUAUUACUUUAUCACCCCGAUUAUAACUCUCUAAAGUAUUAUUAACCCCAUGUUGCAAUUGAGGCUAAGAGGGAGUGUCUUGUGAGACCACCUUAUGAAUUUAUGAAUUCCUAGCUCCGUCUGCAUAUGAAGGGGACUGGCCAUAGAAAUGAGAAGCCCAUUGGAAUCUACCCUUUCCAUGUGAAGGAGUCAGGCUACUGGAAUCUUCCCUUCACCACUUCACUUGACCAUUGGAAUCUACCAUUUAAUAUCUACAGAUAUUAAGAAUGUUGCCGUGCCGGCAUCUGCAUUUGUACAAUGGUUAUUUGCUUUGCAUUCUGCCAAAACAGACUUGGGCCCUAAAUCUUAAAAUACAUGUUGUCAUGCCCCAAUCCCAUCAAAAUCAGUCAUGGAGGGUUGUGAUUCCCAACUCAGUGAAGAUGCUUCAUCAAAGUGAAUACCUUUGGGCUCAUUUGAAACCAAUGGUUGGAGAACAGCCUUGGUGUAAACUCAAGGCCCGUUCAUAUGACAAAGAAGGAAUAAUCCUCAGUGAGAGGGUGAUGGACACAUGGGAGUUUGGCACUUGAAGGUGAUUGCGUGAUUGUUCCCUCAGAUGCACAGUUUUGCAAUUCAGUCUAGAUUUUCUUCUCCAGUGUUUAGCCUGUUUCUGGCAGCUUUGCAGUGUUUUGUAUUGAGUUGCAAGCUGAACCAUUCAUCAGAAGCUUCUACCCACAUUAACAAUGUGGCAGCUUGAACUGACUCUUUAUGUAUGUAUCUAUGUACAUUGAUUUGUUGCAAAAGCGGCAGAAGAUGCCAAAUAAGCUGUCCAUUCUAAGCAUAUACUAAGUGCAAUUCACCGUUCAGUUUAGAUUGGGCAUGUGGAAAAUGUGAUCCUGUUCAGGGUAGGGCUGAUCAUGCAAUCAGACCUCAGCCUACCAAAUAACAAAAACAUUUCUCCUUCUUGAGUCCAUUGUCCAGGUCCUGGGUAUUCUCCAUUUCUGGCCACAAAGAAAGGACUGGCCGAAGAAAGUCCCCACUCCCUUUAAUCAUGGAUUGCUCUAUGAUAAAAUAGAACACACCACUGGAUCCAAUUAAGGCAAUCACAGUAAACAAUCAGUAAUGGACCUUGGUCCCUGACCCAUUCAUCUAUUGGUCAUUCUGAUCUGGUGAUUAUUUCCCAUGGAAUCAUGGAGAAUUUUGAAUACCUCCACACCAGUCUAAAAUGGGCCUUGAGAUCCAUGAAUCUGCACUUUUCACAGAAAGUCAUUUCUGGACUUUAUUGAUAGAAAGUGCACUCAUGAUCAUAUAUUUUAGCACUGAUCUAAGAUGUCAGCACUCAGUUUUGCUUGUAGUUUAAGCAGUUCUUCUUUUUAUAGCUUAUGAGUUAAGGUAUCGUUUUUGAAAUGCUUUAAAAUACCCAGAAGGAACCAGUGUUUGAAUCUACUAAAUAGCAAUUAGCUUGAACUGUGCAUUUCUAGUAUGUAAUACACAUUACGUUAGCUUGUGCCUUGAGUUCCUUACAAUUAUAUUUGUAUUAUAUGCAGGAAAUGCACUUUAUAUUACCUACCAUGGAGGAUUUUUAAUGCUGCCUUGGAUAUUGCUGUUUUCAUUGUUAUACCAAAAGCUCAUAUGAUGAAAUUGAGUACAAUCUUUUCCCUUGGCAUUUACCAAUGAAUGAGUAGAAUUGCCCAGGUGCAUUUUAUAGGCAAUGUUUAGUAUAAGAAUAUGGAUCAGAAACAUAUUAAAUAACAGUGCCUCCAGAUUCUGGUGGUAUAAGAGAAAUGUUUUUAUCAUGUCUGCUUCUGACAUUCAGAAAAAGGAUAUAUGUUGCCAUUUACAGGUCACGGGCACAAUCCACCAUGAUCCAGUCCUGUGCAAGGUUCAGUGAAAUGAACCGUGGUUGGACAGAACCAGUGCUGACAGAUUUCAGUUAAAAGCAACAACAUUUUAAGGGUGCAUCGAGACCGUACUUGUUUGGGUCCCCCCCCCCUUGGAAAGAGAGUUGUUCUCCAGACAACAGGACACUUCACUCGUCCAUAAACUGGGUAGAAGAUGAGCCCUACCCAGUUUCGAGAGCUGGGUGCACUCCUCUCUUGCAAUUGUGUGUGAGAUAAAAACAAGGUAGGCGGCAGGGAGCUUGGUCGUCUGUCAAGCCCCAGAUGGGUAGGACAGUAUUUCUCCCGACCUCAUUCAGAAGCUGGGGAUGGCAUCUGGGGAGGGCACGUUCGUCCUACCCAACUGGGGCUUCACAGAAGAUCAAGCUCCACACACCCUGCCUUGCUUUGAUCUAAGAGAAAAUUGCAAAACGGGAAUGCACCCCAAGUCCCAAAACUGGGUAGGAGACCAGUCUCAUGUUUAUGAUUGUGUGAAUCUACACCCUUAUCUGGCUUAUUGGCAUGCUGCCAUUCUUGUGACCCAUAUACCUACGAAAAGCCAGUAUAAUUGCCAGAAGACGCUUUGACACCAGUUGCAACAGUGAUUGAGAUGGUUUCACAUGCCUAGCCUAGUGAAUCGUGGAUAUUUUUGCCAGUCCAACCACUUCCCUUUAAAGCCCCUUGAUUCUCCCACUUCGAUAGUGGCAGCAUGCCAUUGAAAGGGUUUUGUGUUGUGCUGGUUAUAAAUGUGCCGACGAAAGUGAAUACAUAGCAUGUAUAGGUGCAGGGCAGGAUACUUCUCUGUGUUCACUGGCUGGCAUCCAGAGCAACAAAACCAUAUGUGGAAGGGACCAAGUUGUGCUAGGGCCGGUAUGGGCAACCUUGACAUCCCAGCUGUUGUUGAGCUACAGUGUCCACCAUCCCCAGCCAUCAUAAAUUGUGGAGUGCCAGGUUGCCUGCCCCUGUGCUAGAGAAAGAGGAUGGCUCAGUGUUGUUACCUUGUAGUAGGUUUUUAAUGUGUAAAUCUGGUUUUAAUUGGGUCUUGCUUUGAACUGAAUUUUAUUUCUAUAUUGUUUUAUUCACUUUUUUUGCCUUUUUGAGCCUCCCUGAGCAGUAUUGCACUGGAAGGGCAGGAGAAACAUAUUUUAAGUAAACUAAUCAAAAAGGGACGCUGCAGAAUUGCAUAGGGAACAUAGGAAGCUGCCAUAUUCCAAGUCAGACCAUUGGUCCAUCUAGCUCAGUAUUGUCUACACAGACUGGCAGCAGCUUCUCCAAAGAUGCAGGCAGGAGUCUCUCUCAGAUCUAUCUUGAAAUGCCAGGGAGGGAACUUGGAACCUUCUGCAUGGAAGCAUACAGUUGCUGUUCCCAGAGCGGCCCCAUCCCCUAAGGGGGAUAUCUGGCCAUUGUUGCACAACAUUUGCCUGGAGCGCAAGUGUUUGUCUUGAGCGCAGAUUCCAGACUUUGCACAACUUCCUUCCACAUGCGGCUCAUUGCUCUUCAUGUUGGCCGCUAUCUCCAGUAACAUUUUGCAAAGAAAAGGAAUUAAGAUACUGCAUCGAAAAACCACAAUUACUUUCUCCAGGUGGAGGUAGGAGGAAAAGCAUGGGUGUCCGCAGGGGGGCAAGGGGUAGUUGUCCCCCUGGAUCCAGUCAGUAUUGGGAAGAGGGGCAGCUCUAUCCCUCUCCCACCUUUGGCAGUCAGCGCUUCAUUCAUCGCUGGCUCGGGGCUACAAAAGCUCCAAAUCUGUGCUGAACAAAGCGGCAACUGCCGAAGAUCGGGAAAGGGGUGGAGUUUCCUCUUUCCCUUCUAUUGGCCAUGCCUUCCUGUGCCUGACGUUGAAGCAGGGGGGCGUGGCCAGAAUUGGGUAAAAAGGGCACCUCCACCCCUUUCCAGAUCCUCAGCAGUUGGUGUUUCAUUCAGCACUGAGCUGUUUUCUAUGCUUCAGAGAGGCAGAGAAAGUAGACUCAGCCAGCGUUGAAUGAAGUGCUGACUGCCGACGAUGGGGGGAGAGAGAUGGAGUUGUCCCUCCUCCCAAUAUAGGCCACAUGUCCUUGCAUCUGACGUUGAUGCAGAGAGCAUGGUAAGGGUACUCAUGCUAGCGCAUGCCCAUUUUAUUUAUUAUUAUUAUUUAUUUAACAUAUUUAUAUACCACCCAACACACAAGCCUCUGGGCAGUUUACAAUAGGAUAGGGGCCCCGGGGCCACCACCAGCAGGAGCAUGCCCCCCAACCCCCAGAAAAGUCCCGCAGAUGCCCAUAAAAAGGGAGCACAGCUUGGAACCAAGAACAAUUCAUGGAAUAUCAGAUUAAUUAGUCAGUGAAGGAUACUGGCAAGAGGAGAAGAAAUCCCUGGCCCCACCAAGGCCUUUCUUCACCUCCCUUUCUGGGUUACAGUCCAGAGAUGGGCUACUCCAGUGGCCAUAUGGCUCUGUCUUGUAUUCCACACUGAAACACAAUUCUGGAAGUUUAUAGCUCACCCUAGCAAUAUCCCUAGUAGGAGAGCUAGGUUCUGAUUAUGAUGAUUAUUAUUUUGACAUUGAAAACAUUAGUUCAAGAACUAUGCCACAAUACAGGACAUUUUCAUCAGUCUAUAGUGUUAUACAGACAAUGUAUAUAUUCUGUACGUAGAACAUAGUCAAUACAAUCUGGAAGACAUGCAACCUUGUGUCCACAUCCCAUUGAAGCUUCAGAACAUUCAAAUUGGACCCUUGCUAAAAAGUCACAUUUUGCCUAUAUUGUUUUCAGACAUGACAUGACAGAAAUGUGGUGCUGUGGUCUGGAGGGUGAGUAGUGGUGUGUGUUGGUUUUUGGUUUUUUUUAAUAAACCUUACAAGUCUGCUUAAUGUCCCUGUCCAUGAAAAGGAAAGGAGCAACUCCGUUUUAAUGGGACGUCGUAGGAGCUGUACAGGGAGGGCUGUAAUAGAGUCCCAAGCAAUAUUAAAGUAGCUUCGUGGAGAGGAGCAAACAAAAAAGAAAAAUGUAUUUUAGCAUAAGAUGACAGACAUUGCAAAAUUUGUUAGACUGUGCUGGAGUCUGCACUCUGACCCUACUCCUGCUAGUGCUAUGAUUUCCCACCCACCCCACAAUUAUACACCUGUUGGCUUAUAGAGACUUUAACAGAAACUGGUAAUACUCAAGUUAAUUUGACUGUGGCAAAUUUCUUGACCUUUGACACUUUACAUUAUCGGUCCAAGAGAAUGUGUUUGCCAGUUACAAUCUUUUCUUAGAUUUAGUGGUGAAGGUUAGCCUCUUAAUAAACGUUAGUAUAUCAAAGUGUGUCCUUGACAAUAUUUACAUGUACAAUGAACCAUGGCAGAACGCUGAAACUUGACUAAACAAGGUGUUGAUAAACACAACCCGAAGCCUAGCAUACAGUGUUAUGUCAAUUACUAGUCUCUCUGAUUUUGCUUUAUCAUGAAAAAUAAUGAUGUUUACAGUGUAUGCCAAGAUUUUCCAUUGCUAUCUAACAACAGCAGUUCUAAUCUUACUGAAAUUGUAGUAUAAUGGCCUGAAUCUUGUUGCUAGGAAACAAUAGAUUCCAGUUUUUGUAUUCCUGCUCUGAACACUGGCUGGAUUCUGUACAGGUUUAUGUUGAGUAGCUGCAGUUUAAACGGUUUGUUGCAUUUUGCUCUGGUUUUCAGACUGGAAGCAUGUAUUUUCUACAAGCCCAUUACAACAACCUGCUGUAAAUAGUAAAAGUUAAUAUAUGAUGUGUUGACAUUUGAAAGACAAAGUACUUUGAAUAUUUCAUUUUUAAAAAAUAAAGUUGCAAACGAUGAACCAGAA